ACUCCUCUCUGUGUGUCGUGUCCUUCGGGUCUCACAGAGUCACAGGCCACAGCCAAAGCGGAGCUAGAUUAAAGGUUUUGCAACGAUGGAGACCAUGCAGAGCUUUUGGCAAUUGGGUGAUGAGCUUCGAGGACAAUCAAAAGUCUCAGAGGACCACAAAUGGUUUGUGGCUGCUUCUAAAUUGGCUGAGCAGACAAAGUUAAAGGGCGAGCGCAUGAAUAAUCUUGAUCUUUCCAAGGGCCCAGCUGAAAUAAGGACAAGGGAGAAAUUUGGGUUCCAGGAAGAUAACAAAUUUGAGAGCCUUAACUUCAACAUGUUGAACUUGGACUCUAAACUAACUGAAAAUGUGAGCAAAAAUUCCUUUAGGAAUGGAAUUUACAAUAUGAAUGCAGUGUACCAGAAAAACAAUGCAAGCCUUGUGGGAAACUUGAUGGGUACCAAGCAUAGUGGCAAUAACCACAGCAAUAAAGUAUCCAACGACAAUAGCAGUAACAACAGUAACAACAACAACAACGAAAAUGCCAACUCCAACAAUUCAGUUGACAAAAGGUUCAAGACCUUGCCAGCGACAGAGACGCUCCCACGGAAUGAGGUGCUGGGCGGAUACAUUUUUGUAUGUAAUAAUGACACAAUGCAGGAAGAUUUAAAGCGACAGCUAUUUGGUUUACCUCCAAGAUAUCGGGAUUCUGUUCGUGCAAUUACCCCCGGCUUACCACUCUUUCUCUAUAAUUACACUACCCACCAGUUGCAUGGAAUCUUUGAGGCAGCAAGUUUUGGGGGAUCUAACAUUGAUCCAACUGCGUGGGAAGACAAAAAAUGUAAAGGAGAGUCAAGGUUUCCUGCUCAGGUAAGAAUCCGUGUUAGAAAACUCUGCAAGGCUUUGGAAGAAGAUGCCUUUAGGCCAGUCUUGCAUCACUAUGAUGGCCCCAAAUUUCGUCUUGAGCUCUCAGUUCCAGAGACUCUUGAUCUAUUAGACCUAUGUGAGCAAGCAGGCUCAGUAGCAUAAGCAAGAUGCGAGCACCCAUUGCUCAAUGUAGAAAGUUUUGUGGUGCAUGUCAGCUGUGUGCUUUGCUCAGAUUUUCCAUACAGCGCAAGCUUGGGAAAUGUUCUCUAGAAAAAAAAAGUAGGGUAAUGUGUGUGAGCCAGCUGAAUAAGAAGUCCUGUAUCAGUUGUGAAGAUACUCCUUAAGUUGUUGCAUAACUUUGAUAGCAUUAUAAUGUUACAGACAGAGUUGUAAGAUGUAAAAGAGAACAUCUUCUGUGUGUAAUGCUAAAGUCCUCUUAAAUAUUAAGGGCGUGAUGUGCUUCUCA